AACGCAUGGCUGUGUCGGCGCUUGGUCUGCGCUGCCUGUCCGCAUCCUAGUGGCGCCCCAGCACAAUUUGCUGAGUGAAGCUCUAUUCUGGGAUUGUUAGCGCACUAAGCAGUAUGAUCACAUUAAUGUACCCUCAUACGACAAGCCAAUACUUGCUCUACUGCUAUAUACAUCCCAAUGCGUGGGUUUGCAUCAUUCUCGACUCAUUCUCGAACCAUUCGAACUUUUCCAAAACACACAUUUCAGGCAUUUACCAUAGAAUAUGAGAAAUUGGCGAUACUAGUCACAUAUUGCUCUCUGCUUAACCUCCGAGCUACUCUCCUAGUCUGCACUCCGUCCGCCCUCACUUUCUUUUUCUCUUGUUCCUCUUUUCCUGUGUUUUUCAUCGUCACUCUGCUUCGAGAUGGGCGGUAGCCAGAAGUACACACCUACAGAGCAGGAGCUCACCCAAAUUCUGGUCACGGAACUGUUGGCACACCAGUUCUGUUUCCCAGUGCAAUGGAUUGACACACAAGAUGCAAUCCUCCGUGAUUUCGCCACGGAGAGGAUGGUGGAGAUAGGACCGGCAGAGACAUUAGUCAAUAUGGCGAAGAAGACUUUGAAAGCUGACUAUGAGUCUCAUGAUAUUGCACGCGGCCUUCAACGCGAAUUUCUUAGCUACAAGAAGAAUGCGGAUGCGAUAUACUACAAGCUGCAGGCGGAAGAAGCUACUGCCACAUCAGUAAGCAAGCCAACAACAGCCUCACCACUACCUGUAGUUGUUGCAGCUGCUGCAGUGCCAGCAGAGUCAGCACCUGUAUUAGCGCCGGCACAAGCCAUAUCGGUUCCGGACAAAUCACUCGAGCCAAUCGACGUGCUGACAGUUCUUGUGGCCGUCGCGUUGAAAAAGUCAGCGACAGACAUCAUCAAGGAUCAGACCAUAAAGGCUCUCUGUGGAGGAAGGUCCACUGUCCAGAAUGAAAUCAUCGGCGACUUAACAAAAGAGUUCGGAGCGCUACCGGAUCAGCCCGAGGACGUCGCCCUUGCAGACUUGAGUACCAACCUGUUAGACUGUGGUUUAGGGAACAAGCUUGGACCAUGCACAAAUGCCCUCGUAGGAAAGGUCGCCUCGACGAAACUGCCGGCUGGUUCCAAUGUUGCUAGUCUCCGCCAGUAUCUCGAGAGUAGAUGGGGCUUCAAGCAAGGUCUUCAGGAUCGAACGUUGCUUUUUGUUAUUUCGCGACAACCCAGUGCUCGGUUGGCCGGCGAGAAGGAUUUUCACUCCUUUCUUGACGAAAUCGCACACGAUGUGCUCCGAAGCAUCGGCGUCGACCCUUCAAGCCUGUCAUCCGGCAGUGGCUCAGCCCAAUCUGCUGGCACAGUCGCGGUCUCUUCCGAAGCUCUAAACGCUCUGCAGAGCGAACAGAGGGGUCAAGACCGAACCCUGCUAGAUGUGUACGCCAAACGCUUGGGCGUCGACCUCGGUGCCACGAACAGCGAAAGUAAAAAGGCGAAGGCCAUGAUCGAUGAGCUCCAAGGUAAGAUUGAUGCUUGGAGCGCCGAGCAUGGGGAGGCCUAUGAGCGUGGUAUCGCACCCAAGUUUGACGUCAAAAAGGUCAGAAAAUACGACUCUUACUGGAACUGGGUAGUACAGGACGUUUUGGCACUUUUCUCACUGGCGAUGACUGGCCAAGCUGAAAAGUUCGAAAGCCAGAUCAGGGAGCGGUUGUCGAGGUUCCCCGUCCGGGUCACACCUCAACUGCUAGAUGUCACUCGAUACCUGUUACAAACGCUCAGGGAACUUCCCGAUAGUCCGAGAAAAGAGGUUACUCAGGAGUGGCUACAAGAUCUUCAGAGAGCUUGCAUUUCGGCCAGUGAUAAGAAGCAGCUCUCCUUCAAGAACUCUGUAGUCUCUACCGUACCAAUCCUGAGCAUCGACGAAAAGGGAAAGAUCUCCGUUCAUGAAAUGCCACGGAUGACGCGAUCACCAGACUCCAUGUCCGUUAUGUCAUCGGAGGAAGGCGACGACACGAGCUCAAACAUUGAUGCUCAGUCUUACCAGUCUGGAAUUUCUACCCCAUCUAUGUCGGAAGCUGUGUUUAGCAGGCAUCCUGCCAGAGUGGCCUCUGGGAUGGAAUCACCGCUUAGCUCGAUCUACACAGAUCCUGUUAUCGUUGGCGGCGGCCCGGCGCCAGAUGGACGCUACCAUGGCACAUCCAGUCUCAAGUGGACGCCUGAGCUUCAGACCAAAGGUCGCAGUGGCUGGCGCCGUAACGAUGACAUUACCAACGGCUAUCUGAGAUGGUUCCAACGUGCUUCCAUUGACGGUGUGUCCUUCAAUGAUAAAGCUAUUCUCGUUACCGGCGCUGGUAAAAGCUCCAUUGGCUCGGAGAUCGUAGCAAUGUCACUUGCCGCUGGUGGAAAAGUACUAGUCACGACCAGCUCUUACUCUAAGACCACCGUAGACUACUACCAGGACUUGUAUCGUCAGCAUGGUGCACGUCAAUCACAACUGGUCGUGGUCCCAUUCAAUGGCGGCAGCAACCAGGACAUCCAAAACUUAGUAGCCUAUAUUUACGACGAUGUAUCCAAAGGCGGUCUUGGCUGGGACCUUGACCAUGUCAUUCCGUUCGCUGCAGUCGGUGAGGCUGGUCGGGCUGUUGACGGCAUUGACGACAAGUCAGAACUAGCGCACCGAGUUAUGCUCACCAACCUGGUUAGGCUUCUAGGUGCCGUGAAGUCCAACAAGUCACAGAGACGUAUUGAGACUCACCCCACCCAUGUCUUGCUUCCGCUCUCCCCGAAUCAUGGUAUUUUUGGACAGGAUGGGUUGUACGCCGAGUCCAAGAUCGGUUUGGAGGCCUUGAUGAACAAGUGGUGGUCUGAGGACUGGAAUGAUUAUUUGACCCUCUGCGGUACAGUGAUCGGCUGGACCCGCGGCACCGGCUUGAUGAGCAACAACGAUGUUCUCGCUACUGGCAUCGAGGAUGACCUUGGCAUCCGAACAUUUUCGGCUUCCGAGAUGGCGUGGCACAUCAUCGGGCUCAUGGAUGCUACUGUGGCGAGUUUCUGUGACCUUGAGCCGUUAAUGGCAGACUUGACUGGCGGAUUGUCAGCUUCGAUGAACCUGAAGCCGGUGCUGGACCAAAUUCAGGAUAACAUCAAUUCUAAGAGUGAUAUCAAGAAAGCGAUUGCCAAGGAAGAAGUAUUUGAGUCCGGAGAGGAUCUCUCUAUGGUCCCAGCUCCGAGAAAGCUGUCAAGAAAGGCCAAGAUUCAGGUGGAAGAAGUGAAUCUGCCUGAAUUCAAAGAACUUCAACCGCUUGCUGCUAAUAUGCAGGGCAUGGUCGACUUGGAAAGAGUGGUGGUUGCAGUUGGAUUCGGCGAAGCUGGACCAUGUGGAAGUGCUCGAACACGAUGGGAAGCUGAGUGCUCCGGAACUUUCUCAGUCGAUGGCUGUCUUGAGCUCGCUUGGAUUAUGGGUCUCGUCCAAUACCACAAUGGUCCACUGCAGGGUAAGGAUUAUUGUGGUUGGAUCGACUCCAAGAAUAAAUCCAUCAUCACCGAUGCCGAGGUAAAGUCUAAGUUCGAGGACUACAUUAUCGAACACACAGGCAUUCGUGUCAUUGAGUCACAAGAACACGACCUCACAUCACCUGACAAGGAGCAGGUACUUCACGAAGUUAUGAUCACUGAGGAUCUGGAACCAUUCGAGGUGUCGUUUGAAACUGCAGAGGAUUUCAAGCGCGAGCAUGGCGAAAAAGUAGUAGUCGCUGAGACAGCUGAUGGGCAGUUCUCGGUCUCGCUGAAAGCUGGCACAACACUGAUGAUCCCCAAAGCUGUCACUUUCAAGAACGCACUAGGCGCGCAGAUGCCUUCUGGGUGGGACCCAAGGAUAUAUGGUAUUCCAGAUGACAUCAUCUCCCAGGUCGACCCGGUUACUCUAUACGCCUUGGUGUCAACAGUCGAGGCCUUCUUGUCGGCCGGAAUCACGGACCCUUACGAAUUAUACGACCAUAUACACGUGUCUGAUCUUGGCAACGCUGUCGGUGCUAGUCUGGGUGGUCUCAAGUCACUACAUGAGAUGUUCAAGCGACGAUUCCUUGAUCGUCAGGUCCAGAAGGAUAUCCUUGCCGAGACCUUCGUAAAUACGACCGCUGCUUGGAUAAACAUGCUCCUCGUGGGUUCUUCUGGCCCCAUCCGCACGCCAGUUGGUGCCUGCGCCACCGCGCUCGAGAGUGUAGAUACAGGCUACGAUCUUAUCGUGGGCGGAAAGGCAAAGGCUGUCCUUGUAGGGGGCACCGAUGCUCUUGAGCGCGAUAUUGCGCAAGAGUUCGCCAACAUGCAGGCUACUAUAAAUGCUGAGAAAGAUGCUGCUGCCGGCCGUACACCCAAAGAAGCCUCUCGUCCAACUACUUCUACACGUGGUGGUUUCGUUGAGGGCGAGGGUUGCGGUAUCCAACUGUUGACGACCGCUCGGUUGGCGCUCGACAUGGGUCUGCCUAUCCGCGGUAUCAUCGCGUUGACACACACUGCUUCUGACAAGAUCGGCCGCUCGGUUCCUGCUCCCGGUAAAGGUGUUCUGACAAUUGCGACUGAGAAACGUGGCAAAUUUACUUCUCCCAUGCUUGAUAUCGCCCAUCGUCGUCGACAUCUUUCCCACCGAUUGCACCAGAUUGAGGAGAAGCGCGACAUGGAGCUUGCCUGGCUCCAUGACCGCCUCAACUCGAUGAGAUCGCGGCGCAGCUCUGUCGACACGGUUGUAGCAGACAGCACAAGUGGUGAUGAGUACGCAGAGCAGUGUCGCCACGACAUCGAAGCAGAUGCGCAGCGUGCAUUCAAGGAAGCCCAGAACACAUAUGGUAAUGAGUUCUGGAAGCAUGAUGACUCGAUCUCACCUUUGCGUGGUGCUUUGGCCGUUUGGGGCUUGACAAUCGAUGAUCUCAGCGUCGCUAGUCUACAUGGUACGAGUACAAAGAAGAAUGACACCAACGAGACGGCGGUCAUACAAAGCCAGCUCUCUUUCCUGGGUAGGACACAGGGUAAUGUCUUGCCCUGCGUCCUGCAGAAGAGCCUGCUUGGACAUGGCAAAGGUGCAGCAGGUGCAUUUGCAGUCAAUGGCUGCCUCCAGAUGCUCAACACCGGUCUCAUCCCAGGCAAUCGCAAUGCCGAUAAUAUUGACAGCGAACUACAGAGCCGUGACCUACUGUUCUUCCCGUCACAGACCUACAAUAUGCCGACCGGAAUCAAGGCAUUCAGUGUCACAUCAUUUGGUUUCGGACAGAAAGGUGCUCAAGUCAUUGGGGUUAAUGCCAAGUACCUGUUUGCUACCAUUACGGAGAAGGAGUAUGAAGCGUACAAGAGCAAGGUGGUUGCAAGGCAGGCACGUGCUACUCGCGUCCUGCAGGAAGCCAUCUAUGGUGGCAAGCUUGUUCAGUUGAAGGACAAGAGUGUGUAUGAAGAUGAUAAGCUGGAGGAGACGCUUCUUAACAGGUUUUAAUGAGUCUGAAGGCAGUAUUGGCGUAAUUGGUAAAGGUUUGAAUGCAUGGGUUUGAGUUCACGGGUUUAUUGGAUACGAGGUCAUAAGCGGGCUGCUGCUUUUCUUUUCUUUUUGUUCUUCGUUUGUUUUGCCAGAUCUUUAUUUUGCAGUAUUAGAUCAAAGCAUUCUCUUUCAAAUCGUUGACUAGGAAUAAGAACUUAAUCGUAUGCUAUAUGUUCAAGCUGG